CUCACCGCAAACAGUCGCGCUCUCCAAAAACUCUUGUGCUGUUUUUAUUUCCCAAAGUUCCCCGCUCGUCCGCGCGCUCCCCAACACAUGAUCCCGCCCAACACAACUUGACUCGCUCGUUCUCACUGAUGGAGCCUAAAAGUUGGAGAAAGUGAACUUUCUGUGAAUGAUUCCCGCCGCAGAUGUGCUGAAUCCGUGCUGCUCUCCGCUCGUGUUUUGAUGGAUGUUCGCGGGACGCGCUUCUGUUUGCUGGAGCCAGAAAGUUUGCAGUGAAGAAAGAGUUUGAUCGUGUUUGCGAGCUUUGGUUCACUCUUUACAGCUGGUCAGAAUGGAGGCCGGUGUUCCCACUCCCGCAGAGAAGAAGGACUGUAAAUCCUCUCCUCUGGAAGGAAACGUCUUCAGCGAAAUGCCCAAAAAACCUUCUCCUUCAUCCCUGAGCAGAGGGCCUCAUCACAUCUUCCCGACUUUCCAUUCUCCGAUUCCCAUCGACGUGCGUCACCAUGAGGGGAGAUACCACUACGAUCCCCACGCGCUUCACGCUUUGCACGGGUAACCUGCAGAUGUCACUGUGCAUGUUGAGGUGGCCCACGAGCACCUGAAGGAGCGAGGGUUGUUUGGUCUUCCUCCUCCUCCUGGUGCGUCUCCAGCGGAUUAUUACCACCUGAUGGCCGGCCAUCGGAACCCGUAUGGAGAACUACUGAUGCAGGGAGCUGGAGCCGCAGCGGCCGCCGCUCACCUGCCAGAAUACUUCACAUCAGUGGACGUGUCCCGGUUUCCCAGUCCUCGUAUGACGCCCAGGUUGAGCCGUAAGCGAGCGCUGUCCAUCUCUCCGCUCUCAGACGCCAGCAUUGACUUGCAGACCAUGAUCCGAACGUCCCCCAACUCUCUGGUGGCCUACAUCAACAACUCACGCUCCAGUUCGGCCGCCAGCAGCUCCUAUGGACACCUGUCAGUCGGAGGAAUCAGCCCUUCGUUCCCGUUCCCACACUCCAUUAAUCCAGUGGCGUAUCAGCAGCUGUUGACCCAGCAGCGAGGCCUCAGUGCGUUCGGACACACGCCGCCGCUUAUUCAGCCAUCACCAACAUUCUCCAGCAGACACCCGCUGAGUCUGUCCACUCUGCCCACGCCAACCACCAAUGACACGGAGACCAAGAACUCAAAUGGAGAGUCUGCGGUCAGCAGCACAGUCAACCCACUCGGCAACAAGAGGUCAAAGGUCAAGACGGAGUUGGGCGGGCCGCGACCUGUGUCACCCUACUCACCGGAGCACCUGAGCAGUGCACAGGACCUGAAGGAGGACAUGGACGACUGUAAGCAGGAGGCGGAGCUUGUGUACGAGACCAACUGCCACUGGGAGGGCUGCAGCAAAGAGUACGACACGCAGGAGCAGCUGGUGCAUCACAUCAACAAUGAGCACAUCCACGGGGAGAAGAAGGAGUUUGUGUGCCGCUGGGACGAGUGCUCACGCGAGCAGAAGCCCUUCAAAGCGCAGUACAUGCUGGUGGUCCACAUGCGCAGACACACCGGGGAGAAACCGCACAAAUGCACGUUCGAGGGCUGCUCAAAGGCGUAUUCUCGUCUGGAGAACCUGAAGACUCACCUGCGUUCACACACUGGAGAGAAACCGUACGUCUGUGAACACGAGGGCUGCAACAAGGCCUUCUCCAACGCCUCCGACCGAGCCAAACACCAGAACCGCACACACUCCAACGAGAAACCCUACGUGUGUAAGAUCCCGGGCUGUACCAAGCGCUAUACUGAUCCCAGUUCGCUUCGGAAACACGUUAAAACCGUGCACGGGCCCGAAGCACACGUCACCAAGAAACAACGCGGAGAUCUGCCGUCCAGACCACAUCCGCCGAAGGAGAACGGAGAAAAUGAAGCCGGAGCCAAGAUGGCGGAGGAGAAAAUUGAAGCCAACAGCACUACUAGAGGAGUGGAGGACUACCUGCAGGUCAAGUCUAUCAAGACUGAGAACUCAAUGAUGUAUCAGUCCAGCCCUGGUGGUCAGUCAUCAUGCAGCAGCGAGCCGUCACCGCUUGGCAGUGCCAGCCUCCAUGGCGGUGGAGUAGAGCCGGCGGGACUCAGCGGGGGCAGCGUGGGAGAUCUGAGUGCCCUGGAUGACGUGCCCAUUGUGGAUUCCACCGUCUCCACAGGAAUCCUGGGCCUUCAUUUGCGCAAGAACGCCGGCCCGGCCCACAGACUCACACACCUGAAGCAGGAGAAGCUGAAGUCGGUGCGGGACUCGUGCUCCUGGGCAAACACAGCUCCUCCUGCCCCCUGCACCAAACUACCACCCAUCAAUACUGGUUCUUUAUUGGACGGUCUGUGUGAUCCAGGGCUUUCCAUCUCCAGCCCGCGUCUGGGCGACCUCUGUCCUGGCGAGACUACAGUGUUAAGUCAGUUGGUGGAGCGUCGGGACAGCCUGGCCAGCACUGUGAGCUCUGCGUACACCUUCAGCCGGCGCUCAUCCGGAAUAUCACCAUGUUAUUCGAGCCGUCGGUCCAGCCAAACAUCCCAACCUGGCGGCCGUCACAACAACAUCAGCUCUGCUGACUCCUAUGACCCCAUUUCAACCGAUCUGUCUCGAAGGUCCAGCGAGGCCAGCCUAUAUGGGGGAAUCUUCAGCUUGACUCCUGCACAACACUACCGACUUAAAGCCAAAUAUGCUGCGGCCACAGGCGGAGCACCACCCACGCCUCUGCCUAACAUAGACUGCAAGACUCUGUUAGGAGAUUCGCAUGAAAUCCCCAUACAUCCCCCUUUGGUUCCCAGAAGGUGCAGUGACACCGGCUAUGCCAACCGUAGCGUUUUACCCCAUGAGGUGACAGCAAACAUUACUCGAAGAGCAAGCGACCCAGUUAGACGAAUAGCUGCUGAGCAGCAUUCGCUCUACAACAGUGUAAACCCGUAUCCAACAUUACACCCUCUUGCGUCAAGCCGACACUUUUACAGCACGUCUGAGAGUAACGUCAACCGCCAGCAAUAUCCACCUCGAGCUCCGAGCAUUUCUGAGAACGUGAUGAUGGAAACUCUGCCGGAUGAUAUGGAGAGUUGCAAUGGUGUUGAGGAUGGUUUGAUGAUGGCUGAUGAUGCUGUUCAGUGUAUCACAACUCAAAACGCAGAUUCCCCUCAACAUACAGGCGUAGCGCACCGGAACCAAAGCUUUGGUUCUCCACAACAUUGUCAUCUCCAGAGACGUCUGGCUUUGGUGGAGGGGAAUAUGAAUGCUGUAGCUAGACAAACAGCCAGCUCUCAGCAGACAUUUCCAGGUUCGGCCAAUGCCACAAAGAUCCCGAUGCCGGUGCAGUGGAAUGAGGUCAGUUCAGGGACGGUGGAUUCAUCUCGCAGCCAAACCAAGCAGGGAUCCGGGCGGGGAAACCUCCAACAAAAACAAAACCUCAGCUCAUUUCUGAAUGUCAACUCCAACCAGCAAGUCGGUCUGAUGAGCCACAACCUUGCCUUGAGUCCCGUACAGCGCAGUGUUGAGUUUAAUUCCCUGAGGAUCAAUCAGAGGCAGGCUAACGCAGAGUUUCUGCAUGGUUACCUUCAGGGUUCUGCUUCGAAUGACAUCAGUCUUGGUUUGCUAAACCCGUCUGGUAAAUCGCUGACUGUACAACCUGGUGGCGUGCAGAAUAAUAGGGUAUGCGCUCAAGCCCAAAGCCAUGCCACUUUUCCAAAUAAUCAAGGAAAUUACUCCCAGAUGAGCAGCAACCAGCAAGGCUACAUCGUAGCGUCCCAGAAUGUGAACGGAAACCUGCUCCUACAGCCAAGGCCGCCCACAGAACCCAAACCCUACAGCACGCAGCAUUCAGGGCCAACAACAACUGCAGCACAAUCCAACUUUAGCCCUGCAUACGACACCUCAGAGGCAAGCCCAAAAAAAUCCAGCUCCAUGUUUUACACCGGCCAGAUUCACAUGUUUGAUUCGAGCGGCGCUAUGCCCUGCCCAUCUUCAGUGGGCUCCCCUGAAACUAAUCAAGUCUCCAGUACGGUGGAUUCAAGUGGAGCCGAUCCCCCGCAGAUUGAUUUUGACGCUAUGCUAGACGACGGCGAUCAUUCCAGCCUCAUGUCAGGAACUUUAAGCCCCGCCCUCCUGCGCAGCCUAUCGCAGAAUUCCUCUCGUCUCACCACGCCCAGAAAUUCGGUGACGUUGCCGCCGGUGGCCGCAGGCAUCAGUAACAUGGCCAUCGGAGACAUGAGCUCCAUGUUAACUGCGCUAGCAGAGGAGAGCAAAUUCCUCAAUAUGAUGUCAUAGAAAAGCAGAAAGCACAACAUUUAAAGAGACGGACAUUUCUGUGUUUGAAAUCGCCUCCUAUACAGUCGACUCCCUAAACUGGUGCACUAAUAUACACAGUGAAGUCAAAAUACUUUUAAUAACCCAUCUUUAAUAACUGACUUAUUUUCUCUUUGCCAUGAUGACAGCACAUAAUAUGAGACUAGAUAUUCUUCAAGACACUAGUGUUCAGCUUAACGUCACAUGUAAAGGCUUUACUAGGGUAAUUAGGGUAAAGUUAGGAAAAUUAGGCAAGCCAUUGUAUAACAGUGGUUUGUUUUGUAGCCAACUG